UCCACUUCUGCUGCAAAACGAGAAGAAAAAAAAACACAUACACACACAAAGAAAUUAAAGAGAGGAAUAAUGACAAGCUCGAGGUCUGGGGCUGGUCUGUUCAUUUUGGUGCUAAUGGUAGCAGGUGUUUUCGAGGUUCCUGUGGCAAGGGGAGCCAUGAGUCCCAGCCAGUGCAAGGAGGAGCAAAGGCUUCUCGUCAGUGCGUGCAGGUCAAUAUUAUCCGGGAGCAGCCCCUCGCCCAGCUGCUGCCAGCGCAUUAGGGUCACCCACGUCGAGUGCGUCUGCCCUGUUGUGACCCCGAAGUUGGCAGCCCUUAUCGGAGUGGAACGCACCAUUAAGCAGAUUGAAGGCUGUGGAAGGGUUGUUCCUCACAAAUUCAAGUGUGGAAGUAUCACUACUCCUUGAGAAACGAAUCAAAGGAUCAGACUAGGAUGACUCUUGAAUAAAACGUUUAGAUCUCUUUGAUACAUCCUUCUGCAAAUUUAAUUAAUAGUUGCAAUUUAUAUACCUAUGUAAGGGACCGUUGUGCUUUUUCUAUAUCUUUGAGGGAUAAAAUUUCCUACUGUCAUUCCUAUGAGAAGUUUGCUCUUAUGUCAAUUCUCAUUGAAUAAAU